AGUAAACCAUGCUCAAUUCCUCAGCAGAAGAACAAGAAAAAGAACAAGAACAAGACUCUUCCAGAUAGUGAAUUGCAUAAUGCCUUGUCAAGCUUAAGUUCAGCACCAUCCAGUCUUGAAUGUUCACUUACACCAAAUACGGCUGAUGUGAAAAUCCCAUUAGAAGAAAGUCAACACUCAGAAGAGACUACAUCCACAUCAGAUGAAAGUCUAACACAUCCUGUUUCUAAGGAAGACAUGGACAACAGAACUUCAGAUCACAAUAUUAAUGUUACACCUUCUGAGGACGAAAGUACAGGAUCAAGUACUGAAUAUCAAAACUCUGGAAUGAAGAGAUCUUUGCCUGAAUCUGAAGUGAGACACAGCAAUACAACAGAAGUUAUAGAAGAGCCCAAGCGACAAAAGAGUGCUUCUGGUUCAAAAAAAGCAAAGUUAGAGGCAGCCGUGGGGAAGAAUGUCUCUGAAGAAGGAGAAAAAACAUGCACUCCCGUAGAAGAGUCUGGGGAGGAAAAGAGGGGUUCUGCUACUGCUGGAAAUCAAAGGCAGCAGUCAGGAAAGAAGGCCGGCAUGCAGGAGAUAACCCAUGAAGUCCCUGGUGUCAAACAAAGUCAGACACAUUUUGAGAAUAGUAUUACAGUGUAUUUCCACGCCGUUCUAUCUAAGGACUUCAAGAUAAAUCCGGACAAGCAUAAAAUAUUCAUUAGGGCAGAGGGAAUUUCUGGUUAUGCUGACUGGAAGGAUAAUGUCUGUGAGCUGAGCUGUACCAAGAAUCUUAAAGAUCAUGGAUACCUGAUUGAAGGCCACAUCAUAAUUUCUAAGGAAAACUUGGAUAAACCAAUUUCUUAUAAAUACAUUGUUAUAUGUGGCGAAGAACUGUCAUAUGAAUUCAUUUACAAACCUGUUUCAAGAGUACAUGUAAAUCGCUCCUUGCUUUUAUCAUCAGAAAUUAUAAGUGGUACAGAUUGGCAUCAAUAUGAUGACAUAAUAUGUGUUAAACCCAACGAGAGUUUAUGGCAGAAGAUGAAGAAUCGCAUGCCAUGGUGGAAAGAUAAGGAAAAGCAUAUUGUGGAAGGGAAACAGAUAGCAGCAAGAAUAAUGCUGGACAGCCUCUUCAGUAUACUUCUUCCCUGGAGCCAGAUUAACAUCAAAAGCUUUUUCCAGCAGUUCCAGCAAUUUUACUUUGUGAAUAAAAAACCAAUGGUAGAUGAGGGAGAGCGGAAGGAAUGGAAAGAGCUACAAUUUGGAGAAGAGCAGUUGCAAAAGGUGAUUGUGAAUUACUUGAUGGAAGAAUCCAAUUGCUUUCUCAACCAGAACACUUCAGCGUGCGACAAAUUAGGCCUAGCACUGAUCACCCUUACACUAUGCAAAGAUUACAACAUUCCGCUAUCCAAAAAAGAACUGGCACCGUUAUGCACAUUUCUUUGUCUGGAGAAAUCACCAGCAGAAAUAGCAAAUGAAGCCAAGUGCUUCAGAGAGAUGUUUCCAGAGUGUCAGGGUAUGGAGCAGAAUUUGAUAAUGUUCUGUAAUAGCUGUAUUGAAGAAGACAUUCAACAGUGGGUGUGGACACUCCCAAUUCUUUACCUGUUUACUGUGGGUGAUUCUGAAUAUAAAGUUAGGACUUGCCUUGAAUCGGAAGAGAAAUGGGCAAGGUUGGAAGGUAUUCAGUAUUUUAAAUACAGAGAUCCAAAAAGAAACUUGGAUAAGAAUGUAAUGAUGCAAAAGAAGCAUUUGCUGAAAGGAAGCCAAACAUUAUUUAGAUCCUGGUUCUGCUUGUUACCACUGGGGGACCUGGUGGAAUUUAUCUCUUGCUGUUCUCCUGAUCCAUUGGACUGUCUUCUGGGAACUUUUUAUAGACUGAGGUUGAAAAUGGACCUUCGUAGCUGUCAGGUGAAAGAACUUUUAGGGAAGGUGUUGCACAUCCUGUCAGAGAAAAAUAUUAUAAUUCAGCAAAAUGAUUGGAGCUGCUCCGCUUCUGUCUGUCAAAAACUUCAUGAGAUAUGCAGCACUCGAGUCCUGGCAAUAAGAGAAUACAAGUUACUAGCUACAGCAGUUGAGAUUGUUUCAGCGAUUCUUGCACUUAAGCCUGCAGAGGUUUCAGAAAAGGACAUUGCCACAAUGACAUUCCAAAAUGUUUGUAAAACUACUAAGGAUUGGUUUUGUAAGUGUCUUCCAAAACGUCUGCUGAGACAACAAUCAACAUCAGUUAUGUUUUAUUUGAAAGAGGAACUUGAGGUAUGGGAUCACUUUUUGAAAAUAAAGUUUCCUAAUAGCAGUAAUUCUGAAGACUGGAAAGAAGCUUUAAUUACAGUUUUGGAAGGCAGAAUUAAACAGGAAGAUGCUGUUGAACAAAUUAAAGCCUUCUGUAGUUGUUAUGAGGAAAUUAAAAAAUUCACUUCUGUGAUUUUGAAAACAUUUGAAAACUGUGCCAUUGAAGCUAUUGAUUCAGCAUACCAGAAACAAAAGAAUCUACUUGAGUUGAUAUCUUCAUAUGAUCUGAACAAGCUGGGUAAAGUUAUAUCUGCUGCCAUCAUAAAAUCUUGGCCAAGGGAUGAAAUGGGGAAGCCUUUGACAGACUUUCAAAGUAUACUAAAGCAUCUGCUUGAAUGGCAAGACAGCAGACAUAUAUUCAUUUUCAAUCGUGCAGAAGAAAACAUUCUGAACCAAUUUACUGAAGAUGCUCGAUUAUUAAUGGCCACUGCGGAAUCUUUGUUUGAAAAUGUUGUCAAUGCACUUGUAACAGGCAAUAUUCUGAUUAAGCAUUUGGAGCUAAUUUUAAAGCAUAAGACACAAUUCAUAAAAUGCAAGGAACAAUCACUGUUAAAUGAAUCACUUGAAGGACUGAAACUAGAAGAAGUUUUAAAGCUGAGACUAGAGGAAGUAAUACAUGUCAAGAGGGAGAAAAAAUAUUUGGGAGUCCUCUUGGACAUGUUGAGGAAGGUUCAGUGCUACGUAAAAGUGGAUUUUACUGAAAUGGAGCAAAAGAAUAACAAAAAUCUGGCACUGGAAACAUUGGAUGAUGUUGUGAAUGUGAGAAAACCUACUUCAUGCAGUGACGAUGGAAUAGAGAGCUAUCUCCAUUUGAGUCAAGAGCUGAAGGAGAUAUCUAAAUUUGUGUAUGAUUUUAAAGAUAGCCACAUCUUCCAGUAUUGCUGGGAGCAGGCAGCCAAGAGGCUGAUGAACAGCACAGAGGAUCCAGACACAGAAGAAAUUCUGACCAUUCUAAAUAUGGAGGAUGUGUAUGAUUGCUUUUUUGAUCCUUGUCGCACAGAAUUCCAAAGGCUUUAUGAUAGCUUGAAAUUGGGAGAACUCACAUUUGCUGAAGUGAAGGCUCUCUUUGAAGAUUUUAUUAACAAUUAUGAAGAACUCAGACGCGAUUUCAAAAUUAUGUGCAAACUGCAGUAUCAAGAUAAUGGAGAAUGGAUAGAUGAACGGAUCCAGCAGAUCCAGCAGUAUCAUGAAUUGGAUUUGGCAUUGGACUCUGCUAAAGUUAUUGACAAAGUCAAGGAAGUUUUGAAGCUUUCUGGUAAUUUCAGUGUCCUGCAACAAUUACUGAAUUUAACAACUGAAUUCCAAUCCUUUCAACAAGAAAAGCUUUCUUCUAUGAGUCCUUCAUUGAUGCGUGCUAAGAAACUGCUGCAAGAUAUUACUAAAGAACGUCGUGAGUGCCUCGAAGAGCUUGCAGUUAGGAAGGAGUUUAUUUACUGGGUCAAAGAGGCUUUGGAAGACAUAAAUGAGCUGAAAGUGUUCGUGGAGCUGGCUUCCAUAUCUGCAGGAGAGAAUGACAUGGAUGUGGAUCGGGUGGCUUGUUUUCAUGAUGCUGUGUAUGGCUACUCCUCCCUGCUGUAUGAUUUAAAGCGAGAAGCAGGAUUUGAGGAGUUCAUGAAGUGUUUGGAGAAAAUAUGGAAAGCUCUGGAAAGUGAUCACAACCUCUCCACAAAGCUGUGUGAUUCUGCAAGAUACUUGGAUUGGCUAAAAACUAUCAAAGAGAGUCAUGGCUCUGUGGAAUUGUCAUCUAUAUCGCUGGCAACCACAAUCAAUAGCAAAGGAAUCUACAGAAUUAAGGCCCCGCUAGAAGGGCAGAAGGUUUGUCUGGACACUGUUCUGGACCUGACUGUCCAAGAAAGUCAUGGGGAACAAGAGAAGAAACGGCAGUACUCUCUGGAAGAGCUUCAAGAACUGAUGAACAAGCUGAUGUUGAUGUCAGGAAAAGUAGAACAAAGUGCAGAAGUGGAUAAAUUUUCUGAAGUGUUUUCUAGCGUUCAGAGACUUGCAUUGUCCUUCAUGGACCUUUAUUCUGCUGGAAACAUGCUCUUCCGAAACUGGAUUGCUGACAUAUAUUGCUCACCUGAGAAUCAGUUUUGCAUUAAUAUGAACUUUAAAUUAAAUUCUAUCAGUGGCCUUUGUGGAAGUGGAGAAGUAGCAGACGUUCUGCCAGCCAUAUGCAGAAAGAUGGAGAGUUUUCUGCAGAGGUGGAAUCACUUCAUGUCUGAGAAGCGAUCCCAGUAUUUUUAUCUGAAUUACUACAUGGCUGAGCAACUUGUAUAUUUAUGCAAGGAGCUUGGUUCAGGGACACCCAGUGAGGCUGCCUUAAUGAUGCUGUCCUUCAUAAAACACAGCUGCAGUAGACAAGAUAUUAAAGAAGUCUCCAAAUUAGUGGUAUCUGAAAUACCAAAAAGGAGUUUUGGUGUCAUAUAUGGACUCUGUGCAAGUACAAUAGAAUUGACUGAACAACUGGAGGAAAUUUGGGGUUCCUACAUGGAAAAUAUGGACUUAUUCCUUCCACACUGCUUUGAUAUUGAAAUGCUUGGUAGGUUCCUAUCUGCUUUGGCAGAUUUGGAGAAAAGGACUAUUGUGCGAGUAUUACCACAAGGUCUUCAUGCGAGGCAGCCCAAUCUCAUCCUCUGCCCUCGCUCUGAUGUUUUGAUUUCCACACUUGCCAUCUACAUGAACAGUCCAGAAGAGAUGCUACCCUCUUAUGAUGAAGUCUUAUUGUGUACACCACAAACUAGCUAUGAGCAAGUGGAAUUGUUUAUGAGGCGGUGCUUUACUUCAAACAAUAAAGAGAAGAAGAUUUAUACUUUGCUUUUUGCAGAUGAGUUGAGUUAUGAUGUUGCCUAUAAGUUAGAGGAACUAUACCAGAGCCUUCAUUUAAAACAUAUGAGUGACUAUAGUUUAGUGAUGUUCUGCAACUGUGAGAGAGAACACUGCUAUAUCCCCUCUGUUUUUAGUAAUUUCAUCAUUCACAUGAUCCCUCUUCGGCCCCUAAAAGACAUUCAAAGUUACCUUGGGAAGCAUUACAAAGCCAAUGAGCUUGGAAAUCCAUCAACUUCUGUCUUCAAGGAUAACAUGUGUGUUGGGAUUGUAUCUUCUGAAAGAGCUGGAAUGGGAAAAUCUCUCUAUAUAAAGAGGCUGCAUCAGAAAAUGGAAGCAGAACUGCAAGGUCACAAAGUCCUUUUAAGAACCAUCCGGCUGAUUGAACCCCAUGUGAACGAAAGAAAAAUCCUGAAUGCUCUCUUUCCAUUCCUGGACCAUAAGUUCCAGAAACGGCCCAUGAUCUUUCAUUUUGAUAUUACUUCUUCUGUUCAAACUGGAAUUUCAGAAUUUUUGUUCAAGCUGUUUGUCUUACGUUAUCUGGAAGAUAUAGAUGGGAAAAUCUGGCUCCGAAAACAGUGCCACCUGUAUGUUGUAGAAAUUCUGGAAGCAUCUCCCUCAUCCAAAAAACAAAGAGGGUCUAUAUUUCCAGGAUUGAAGUACGGUUUCCUUGAUGUUUUCCCCCACAUAACUUGCAGAUCUCCUAAAGAAGUACUGAAGAACGAUACUGAGGGGAAUUUAUUUCAUGACAGCAAUGAUCCAGGAAUAGAUAAAGAAACGUUCUGUAAUGAAGCUUUUCAGAGACCAUUCCAGUAUUUGAUAAGAGAAAACAGAGGUGAAAAUCUUGAUAGGUUCCAGUAUAGAAAAGGCUCAGUGGAAGGGACUCCAGCAGAAUGCCUACAGCUGUUCUUGUUAUAUUGUGGAAUGAUUAAUCCUUCUUGGUCAGAACUGAGAAACUUUGCUUGGUUUCUUAACCUUCAGCUGAGAAAUUGUGAAACCUCUGUGUUCUGUAAUGCUGAUUUUAUCCAGGACGCUUUGCAGGGCUUUAAAAAUUUUGUUGUCAAAUUUAUGAUUUUAAUGGCAAAAGAUUUUGCAACUCCUUCACUUAACAUUUCUGAUGAAAGCCCUGGAAGGCAAGUUUUCGAAGGCGUUACUGAGGAAGCUCUUGCUCCAUUUCUGCUUCGGAAAAAGUGGGAGUCUGAACCGCAUCCAUACAUAUUCUUUAAUGAAGACUCUAUAUCUAUGACUUUCAUUGGCUUUCAUCUCCAGGAGAAUAUCAAUGGUGGCAUUGAUGCCAUCAAUCCUUUGAAUGGCAAUAUUAUCAAGAGCAAUGUCAUGACACCUCAGCUUUACAAGGGAUUAGUUCUUCAAAAAGUUCCAUUCAAUGUUAAUUUUGAUGCAUUGCCCAGAGCUCAGAAAAUUGAGAAACUUUGCAUGGUCUUAGGGAUCCAGUGGCCAAGCGAUCCUGAUGAAACUUAUGAACUUACAACAGACAAUAUGCUAAAAAUCCUUGCUAUUGAAAUGAGAUUUAGGUGUGGAAUUCCUGUUGUCCUGAUGGGAGAAACUGGCUGUGGAAAAACCAGGCUUAUAAAAUAUCUGUGUGAAAUGCGUAAGUGUGGUGCUAAUGCUGAUAAUAUGAAGCUUGUCAAAGUUCAUGGAGGUACCACAGCAGAUGCAAUCUAUGAUAAAGUGAGGGAAGCUAAAGAUAUGGCCAAGUACAAUAAGAGGAAAUAUAAGAUUGACACAAUUUUAUUUUUUGAUGAAGCCAAUACCACAGAAGCUGUCAGUAGCAUCAAGGAAGUUUUAUGUGACUGCACUAUAGAAGGAGAGCCUUUAGUCCCCGACUCAGGUUUACAGAUCAUAGCUGCAUGCAAUCCUUAUCGCAAACACACACCAAAAAUGAUCCAACGUUUGGAGUCAGCUGGACUGGGUUAUCGUGUCAAAGCAGAGGACACCAGCGAUAAACUUGGCUCCAUUCCUCUUCGGCAGCUAGUUUACCGUGUCCAUGCACUCCCACCAAGCAUGAUACCUCUGGUGUGGGAUUUUGGGCAGUUGAACAAUGUUACUGAAAAACUAUACAUACAGCAGAUUGUGGAACGACUUACCAGCUCGAUAAAAAUGUCUGCUACUGAGAUCAAAAUGAUUAUUGAGGUGCUUUUUAAGUCACAGACCUACAUGAGACAGCGGAAAGAUGAAUGCAGCUUUAUCAGCCUCAGAGAUGUAGAACGCUGUAUGGAAGUCUUCAAAUGGUUUCACAGCCACAGCGAACUUCUUAUUAAAUAUCUGGAGAAGUAUCUGGCAAGUAAUCCUCCUAAAAGUGUAAUCCAGAGAGACAAAAUCAUUUGGUCUUUGAUUCUUUCAGUUGCUGUCUGCUACCAUGCUUCUCUGGAACAGAAAGAGGCAUACUGGAGAGUUAUCUGCAAAAUACUUCCAGAACCAUACGAUAAUGAAAAAGGAGUUCUUGAAGAAAUUAGCUUAGUUCAGGAUCUUUUCUUGAGUGGUGCGCCUCUGAGACAAAGAAUAGCAAAGAACCUGGCUUUGAAGGAAAACGUGUUUAUGAUGGUGAUCUGCAUUGAACUUAAAAUCCCUUUGUUUCUUAUUGGGAAGCCAGGCAGCUCAAAAUCUCUUGCCAAGACCAUCGUGGCUGAUGCCAUGCAGGGUCAAACAGCAUAUUCUGAUCUUUAUAAGGAACUUAAGCAGAUUCAUUUGGUGUCUUUUCAGUGCAGCCCACAUUCUACCCCGGAGGGGAUCAUAAAUACAUUCAAGCAUUGUGCUCGCUUCCAGGAAGGAAAAAACCUUGGAGAAUAUGUCUCUGUGGUUGUAUUAGAUGAAAUUGGAUUGGCAGAAGACUCUCCCAAAAUGCCUCUGAAGACCCUUCACCCUCUUUUAGAAGAUGGGUGUAUUGAUGAUGAUCGACUCCCUCACAAAAAGGUUGGCUUCAUUGGGAUAUCUAACUGGGCUCUAGAUCCAGCUAAGAUGAAUCGAGGUAUCUUUGUAUCCCGAGGAGACCUGAAUAAAAAUGAACUCAUAGAAAGUGCAAAAGGUAUUUGCUCUUCAGAACUUUUUGUACUACAGAGAGUUGAGCGUUUCUUUCCUGUCUUUGCAAAUGCAUAUGAAGAAAUUUGCAAGACCCAAAUUAAGGAGUUUUUUGGGUUGCGUGACUAUUAUAGUCUUGUAAAAAUGUUAUUUGGUUUAACCAAAAAAUCUAGAAGCAUACCAGACCCCCGUGAAAUAGCAGAAAUAGUUCUCCGAAAUUUCAGUGGCAAAGAAGGUAUUGAAGCCUUGGAUAUUUUUAUGUCUAAGAUUCCAGAAGGCGGAGAUGAAAAUUAUAAGGAUAUCAGUACAAUUGAUUUAGUCCAGCAGAACAUCUAUAGCGAUUAUCAGGAUGGUGAAUGUCGAUAUCUGUUAGUGUUAACAGAAAAUUAUGCAGCGCUUCAGAUUCUCCAGCAGCGUUUCUUCAGAGAUGCUCAGCCAGAAGUCAUUUUUGGUUCCAGCUUUCCCAAAGAUCAAGAAUAUACUCAGAUUUGCAGAAACAUAAACCGAGUAAAGAUUUGCAUGGAGACCGGGAAGAUGGUCGUUCUUCUCAACCUACAAAACCUUUAUGAGAGUCUCUAUGAUGCCCUCAAUCAGUAUUAUGUUCAACUUGCUGGUCAAAAAUAUGUUGACUUAGGACUGGGGACCCAUCGAGUGAAAUGCAGAGUGCAUCCCAAGUUUCGACUGAUUGUCAUUGAGGAGAAAGAAGUCGUGUACAAACACUUUCCCAUUCCGUUGAUUAACCGGCUUGAAAAGCACUAUCUGGAUAUUAAUACUGUGCUGAACAAGUGGCAAAAGACCAUUGUGGAAGACUUGAAGAAAUGGGUGGAUGACUUUGUAGCAGUUAAAACUGAAAAAUAUUUGAUGGGUGAACAAAAAUACACACCUUCUGAUGUUUUUAUUGGCUACCAUUCAGACACUUGUGCUUCACUUGUCCUGCAGGUAACAGAGAAGCUGAAAGCAUCUCUUCCUCCUGAACAGCUAAUGCAGAAAGUACGAGAGCAGGCCAAGCUGGAUCUGUUGAACUGUGCGACCCCAGAUUCUGUAGUCCGCCUUGGGGACUCUAAACUGGACUUUUUAAGAGAAGAGUUGGCUAGGAUAUACUUUCAGCAACAGCAACACACUUCUUUUGCUGAAUUUUUGCACAUAUGCUUUGGAUCGGACUCCAGAAACCAUACAGUUUUCAUUGAGAUUACGACCUUCUCCAGGCUCCUGACUACAGCAGACACAGAGAUUUUGGAGGCAGAAGUGCAGCAUAAUGCAGACAGCCUGAAAGUUUUGUUCUUGCAGCAAUUUGACACAGAAUACUCAUUUUUAAAAGAUAUUCAGAAUUUUCUUGGUGGGAGGACACAUGGGAGUAAAAUCCUCAUUAUUCAGACUGACUUUGAAAAUGGAUCUCUUAGUGCCCAGCUCAUUGCUUCAGCCAAGUAUUCAACUGUUAAUGAAGUCAACAAAAUACAGGAGAAUCAAGCCAGGGUGUUUGUAUUUUUCAUCACUAAGCUAUCACGAAUUGAAGGAGGAAGUUCCUACAUAGGGUUUCACAGAGGGCUGUGGCAGUCUGUGCACAUAGAUGAUCUGAGAACAUCCAAGGAUAUGGUCUCUGAUAUAACAUCCCUCAGAAGCAUCACUAUCAGCCAGCUGUUUUCCGAAGAUAGGGGAGAGUCUUCAGAGAAUCCUGAAUCUUUAGUGACAGAGGAAGUAGAAGAAAUAGAGGAGGAGGUGGAGGCGUCACCAAUAUCCAAACCAGAAAUACUUACUAAGAUUUUGGAUACUACUGUACUGUUGAGGAGCUGCGUUCAAAGUGCUGUUGGCAUGCUAAGAGAUCAAAAUGAGGAUGCUGGUCGUAGCACUAAGAGAAUUGAAAUUCUUCUUAGUCUCCUAUCUGAGGAAGAUGACUUGAAAGACUGCUUCCUGAAGAUUACAAAGAGACGACUCUCUUGGCUUUUGAAGGAACAGGAAGAAAAUUUUUUCCAUGUGAAAGAGUGGGUGCUCCGGGAGGCAUCAAACCUCACUGCCCUCCAGGAAGGAGGAACAUUUAGACGCACUCUGUGGAAACGGGUCCAGAGUGUGGUGACUCCACUUCUGGCCUAUAUGGUGUCUAUUUUGGACAGAGAUUAUAAUCUGGAUUUGCUGUUCGAACCAACUACAGAAGAUUGUGUGAAAGCCUUGUGGUUAUUCAUGUUCAAUGAACUGAAGUUUCUGGACAUCCCUUAUGUCAUGGGUCAGAGCAGCUCUCAAAUAAAACCAAUUCAGGUGCAGAAUUACAUGGAAGUGUCUGCAGGGAUUGGCAAUAAAAUGCCUUUCAGCUGGAGGAUAAAGGAUUAUUUGGAAGAUCUUUGGAUUCAAGCACAAUAUGUCAGUAACAGUGAAG